UUCAGUGGCCCAGCAGGUAGUUGUUAAGUUUGGAGCUAGUUCUCUCUUGGAAGGCAACGAAUCUAGAGAAAGCUUGUAGCAUCGGAGAGACCUUACAAACAUGGAGGUGAAAGCAACAUUGAUCGUUGCCAUUGUGGCUGCUCUUGCUAUCUCGGCUCACGCACGAAGAGAUUUUAAUGAACGACGAGGACGGGAGAAUGGUAGAAAGAGGGGACAAGGUGGCUUUGGAGGAAGGCCUGAUGGAAUGCAGAUGGGUGGUAGGAGAUUCGACGGACCUGGAUUUGGUGGCUCCAGACCAGAUGGCGCUGGAAGACCUUUCUUCGGCCAAGGAGGCAAGCGUGGUGAUGGAGAAGAAGAAACUGAUGCUGCCCAACAAAUUGGUGAUGGUCUAGGAGGGUCCGAUCGGUUUGAUGGUCCUAGACGUGGUCAUCAUGGUCACCGUCAAGGUCCACCUCAGGAUCGACCAGAGGAACAACCGUUCGGUCAGCGCAAUGAAAGCAGCGAGGAGGAUGGCCGUCCUCACCCUCACCACCACGGCCACCAUCGCCACCAUCGCCACCACCAUCAUCAUAACCAGACAGAAGGUCACCAAGGUCAUAAUGACACGGGAGAUCAAGAUCAGGACAAACCAAAUGAUACAAGGCCCUUCCGGUUCAACCACUUCGGUAGAAAGCCUUUCGGAGACCGUCCCUUCGGCAGACGCAACCACACAGAAGGUCACCAGGGUCAUAAUGAGACGGGAGAUCACCCCCACCGUCAUCACAACCAGACCGGAGAUGGAGAUCAGGACAGACCGAUGUUUGAGAUGAGGCCCUUCCGGUUCAACCCCUUGGGUAGAAAGCCUUUCGGAGACCGUCCCUUCGGCAGACGCAACGGAACCGAAGAAGGAUCUCUCAGGCGUGAUGGCCAUCGUCGGCCCUAUGGUAACCGAGGACGUUGGGGUGAGAAUGAAAGUGAGGAGAAGGAGCAUCCAACGACGGAAAGCGUAACGACAUCUUCACCACCUGACGUGGUUGAGAUCGCAGUCAAUGAAGAAGACGUCAAUGUGGUCGCCGAGGUGUAGAAUUUGUAUAAAAAAAAGAUUGCUUGUGUAAAUAUACUAAUAGUCACCAAUGUUUUUCCUUGGACAGAAUGCAUAUCUUACCAGAGACUACAACAUUAUUGUGUCUAAAAUUCAGAUACAAGAGACUCAAAGCCAGUGAAAGGGGCAUGAAAUGUUGACGAAUUGUUAAACUCUUAUUGAUACUGAAUUUGUCAAGACUUUGUCAAAUAAAAAUAUAUAACUGAACUCAUA